AUGUCAGUGAAGGAGCAACAAAACCUCCAGUUAAUCCAGGAACUGGAAAUCGAAAUGAUGGCCGAUAUGUAUAACAGAAUGACUGCGGCCUGUCAUAAAAAGUGCAUUCCGCCAGCUUAUGGGGAUGCCGAGAUAGCCAAAGGUGAAGCAGUCUGUAUUGAUCGUUGUGUGGCCAAAUUCUUGGAUAUCCACGAGAGAAUCGGCAAGAAGUUGGGACAGUUGUCCAUGCAGGACGAGUCAUUGUUGAAAAAGUAGUUUUUAGUUGUUCGUUUAUGCAUUUUUAGCACUCCACUGUUGUUAUUUUGGUGAAUAAAAUGGCCGAGUAGAUUUUGUUA